AUACAAAGCAUCCCAAUGUGUGAUAUCUAAACAGUCUUUGUAUUUUAUGUAAAUUUUGUUUGCACACAUUCAAGUUGAACUUGCAGCAUAUUGAUUUUUUUAUAAAAUCAGUGUACUCGCCCGUGAAAACGAAACGAAAAUGCUUGAAAGUGUAUAAAAGUGUGCUUGCUGGUGUUCUUCUUUCGGAAGCUGUCAAGGAAACGUUUUGAUGAGGAUCGCUUGAAUUGAAAACAAGAAGAGUAGCUUCUCUCGCGGUGACAACUUACUUAUGGCAUUUCAAAAUUCAAGUGGGUCAUCACCCGUGGAUGUGAACCCUGCGUUGUGUGUUAAACCCAGCAAUUCUUCUCCCGAUAUGCUGAAAGUCCUGGCUGUGAUAUAUAUGGUAUCAUCAUUCCUAAGUAUCAUAGGGGCGUUGUCUAUUAUUAUCUUUGCUUGCAAGAAAAGAAUUGUUUGCAAUUAUGAAAUUCAUCCAUUGUUUCAUCUAUCUGUCGCUGAUUUUUUUCUUGCUUGUGGAUGGUUCAUCACUACCUUGUUAUGGUGGGUGAAGCGAAAUGACUCAGUGGAAGCUGCAAAUGGUUGCUUCUAUCUUGAAAUUGUCACGGAGAUUUUCCAUGUCGCAUCUUUCUUCUUGACAGUGAAUUAUGCAACUCAUGUUUUUGUUCGUAUUAAACAGAGAACAAGAGACACUGGUUCUCAUGGGUUUUUUUAUCGAAAGCUGUUCUUUGGUCUGUAUAUAUUGUCAUGGGUUGGGCCUGUUUUGUUGAUGUUACCAAUGGUGAUAUAUUAUUCGCAUCAUGAUUUUCUGGAUUGUUCAAGAUGUCUUCUUCUGUUUGACAGACCAAAAGCCCGGAUGUAUGAGGAAGGUGUUGAGGUGACAAAUACCAAUAAUUAUGCGUGGAGAAAUUAUGGUUCCCUUGUGUUGGUUAUUACCCUUGGUAUAUCUAUUGUGUUGUUGUUGGUGCUGUAUUUUCUGGCAAUGAAGACUUUCACUAGCGUAAUAAAGCGUUCAGGCCUUUUGUCCAUCCAGCAACGAGAAUUGAUUGAGAGUAACAAAAAGCGUGUGAUGCUGUAUAUUGUUGUGUUCUUUAUCUGCUGGUUCCCAGCAUUCGUUGUGGCGUUUAUUGAUUUGGCAACAGAGGACCAAAAUUACAAUUUCAAGAAAUGGUUUUUUGUCUUCUUACUUGAAGGUAUUUUCACUCCAAUGCAAGGUUUUUUCAACUCCUUGGUCUAUGGCUGGACGCGAAAUUCUUUUCGUAGACUCUCUCAAAACGGAGGAUCCUACAGAAGACCUUUGGUCUCACCAGACGGUUUCACAGCCAGUUUUUAUGGAGCGAUUGCAGAAAGAGAUGAGUGACCAUUUAUUCACAUGGGAAUUUAAUUGUAUACAAAUAAUAUUGACAUUCAAUAUGACCAUUCAGAUUGGGACUUAUUGAUAAUUUGUUAGUUUUGAUGUGGUAGCCUUUCAAAUUGGGUUCCAUAAUUUUCACUUUGAAAGAGUAUAAUUUUAGUUUAUAUAUAAUUAUAAAGUAGAACUAAUAUAUUGAGUAAAGUAGAACUUUGCAGUCCAUUCACAUAACAAAAUUUCACUUGUUGAAAGAUU